UUUUUUAACGAGGGCCAAGCGAGCUUGGGACCACACCGAUCAGCCUGCCCAUUUCACCAUGAUGGACUUCUCCAGGCCAGAGGAGGUGGACAACAUGGUGUGGAGCUGCGAUCGUGAGAGAAGAGGGUAUUCAACGGUUAAUAUGACUAUUAAUGACCCAGAUAGUCCACAGUAUGUCACAUUUCACGGGGAUUUGAGUACCCAGUUGCCCCCGGAAGCCGGCGAGUACGUCAAAUCGGGCUACUCGUUCUUCAGAACGCGCAACCAGGCGCCGUCCAGAGGACCAAUUGGGUUCUCGCUGGAUGAGCAUUGGAAUUUGAACUAUUAUGAGCAGUUGGCGUUGCGUGUGAGAGGCGAUUACCGCAGAUACUACGUGAACAUGAAGUCCAUAGAUACCCCAAAGACCCAGGACGUCUGGCAGCACCGCUUAUUUUUGCACACUCCGGGCGAGUGGGAGACGGUUUUGAUCCCUCUUCGGAAUUUCACCUUGGUUGGUAAUCACGAGAUUAAAUCCUCGGAGCCGUUAGAGUCCAAACGUAUCAAGACCAUUGGGAUCGGUUUGUUGGACAGAAGAGACGGGCCUUACAAACUUGAUAUUGCCUGGGCUAAGGCUGUUAUCGCCGGUCCUUUGUACAAUACCGUCAUUGAGGGCAGAAAUAGCAGCGAACUCCUGGGGCCUCGUUCUGAAAGCAGCGGCUUGGGUAUUGAGCAACCAUCUUCUACCGAGGAAAACGCCGAAAAGAUUGAGAGCAAGGUCCGCAUUCAAAGCUAAGUAUUUCACUCUCCCUAUGUAUUUUUUUUUUUACCACUCUUGACAUGAAUAUCUAAUGAAAGCUGUAUAUAUUGCAU